AUGGAUGCUCUUGCCAAGGCCAUAAGCAAACUCAACUUAAAACUCCCCGAGGGCUUCCGCAUUGAGGCCAGCAAGACUGAGCACCUCGCCGGGAAAAUGUUCAUCGGAGGGCUCUCCCGCAAUACAAGUAAGGAAGCUCUUUUUGACUAUUUGUCCCAAUAUGGCGAGAUUAUCGAUUUCACUAUUAAAACCCACCCGGAAACUGGAGUAUCCAGGGGGUUUGGGUUUGUGCUUUUUGAAGAUAAUGAGGCCGUGGAGAAGGUGCUGCAAGUCAAAGAGCACCAAGUGGAGGGCAGGAAAUUUGAACUUAGAAAGGCUCAGGCCAUAGAACUGAAAUUCCCUCCGAGAAAGGUUUUUGUGGGCGGGGUGAACCCUAAGACAUCAGAAGACAAAAUUAGACAGUACUUUGGGACAUUUGGAGUGAUUGAGCAUAUUGAGCUGCCAGUUUGUCCGAAAACAAACGAAAGACGAUCUUUCUGUUUUAUCACCUAUACUGAUGAAGUCCCAGUGAGGAAGCUGUUAGAAACCAGGUACCAUCUCCUGGGCUCCAGGCGGUGUGAAGUUAAAAUUGCUGUUGAGAAUGAAACUCCAAAGAUGCCACUGAGGAGAGGAAGAGAUGUUCCCUUUCCCAAGCUAGACAAUGCCUCGGGGGGUGGAGAGCCCCCCUCAGGGCCAACUGCUCACGGGGCUGGCGGAGUCAACCCAAGUGUUGGCGGGGCCUGUGGAGUCCACCCGAAUGCUCAUGGCGCCAUGAGAAUCCACCCGAAUGCUCAUGGGGCCGUGAGAGUCGACCCGAAUGCUUGUGGGGCCAUUGCAGUCGACCCAAAUGUUUAUGGAGCCUGCGGGGUCGACCCCGGUGUUUACGGGGCGAGUGGAGAUGUCGGCAAUCCUACCAUGGUGCUUGCUCCAGUUCACAUCUCACCCUGCAACCAAGGCUUUAAUUAUUCUGAUCAAGCAUAUGGCCCCUUCUACAAUGCCUACAGUAACCAGCCAAUUUUUAAUAGCUAUGGCGGCGGAGAGCAUUUUGUUGGAUGUGACUAUGGGACUCAACCCAUAGGAACUGCACUUGCUAAUUACACUGUUCAACUAAACCAGGCGCCUGCCUUCGGUACUGGUUACCAGGGACUUUACCAGCCUUUCUGA